AUGGAAUCGUCAACGUUUGACUUUAUAGUGGUGGGCGGAGGUCCAGCGGGAUGCGCCGUGGCAGCGGGCGUUGCGAACACCGCCAAGAAGCCCAAAGUGCUGCUCAUUGAAGCCGGCGGCGACAACGGCGACAAGACGCUCCGGGUCGACGGCCAAAGAUGGAUCACCGUCGCGAACCAGGAGAUGAACUGGGGCUACAAGACGACGCCCCAGGAGCACUGCGACGGCCGCGAGCUCGACUACUUCCGCGGCAAGGGGCUCGGUGGCUCCAGCGCCGUCAACUUUGGCGUCUUCACGGUCGGCGCGCGCGACGACUACGCCGAGUGGGUACGCAUCGUCGGCGACGACUCGUUUGGCUGGGACAGGAUCCAGGGCCGACUGAAGAGGCUCGAGACGUUUCACAACGACCUUCCUCGGGACCUGCAGGGCAAAUAUGCCAGUCCAAGGGCAGAGGACCAUGGCACGUCUGGACCCCUGCACACCGGAUAUGCUGCAGAGUGCGAGAAGGACCUGCCGCCGAUGCUCGAUGUUUUCCAGGAAGCUGGCUUCCAUUUGAACCCAGAUCACAACUCGGGCAAUCCGAUCGGCAUGUCUAUGCUCAUCAACUCGUGCGCCAAGGGUCUGCGUUCUACAGGCCAAGACCUGCUUCAGCCUCGGCCAGAGAACCUCACCGUCAUCAGCUCGUCACCCGUGCAACGGAUCAUUCUGGAAGGAAAUAAGGCCGUAGGUGUUGAGUCGAACGGCAAACGAUACCUCGCGUCGAAGGAAGUCAUUCUCUCGGCCGGGUCCUUGGAUAGCCCAAAGAUUCUCAUGCACUCCGGCAUCGGCCCCGAAGGACAGCUGCAAGAGUAUGGAAUACCCGUCGCCAAGCAUGCAGCCGCCGUGGGCCAGGGUCUGCGAGACCACCAAUUCUGCCCGCUCGCCUUCACUCGCGUGGAGGGCGACACCGACCGCGCCGAGUUCUACGGGGACCAAAAGGUCAUGGAUGGCGCAAUGGAGCAAUGGAAGAAGGACCAGACGGGCCCCUGGUCCAAGUUUGCCUGUCAGCUAGGAGUCGGCUACUUCAAGCUGGACAAGCUCACGGCGUCGGACGAGUUCAAGGCGCUCCCGGCCGAGGAGCAGGCCUUUCUAACCAAGGAGACGAUUCCUCACUGGGAGAUCAUCACGCACGCUCCGAUCCAUUGGUUCUCGCCCGACUUUCCCCAAGACUGCCUCAACGCGUCCGCCUUCAUCGUGUUUUACUACAACGCCCAGGCUCGGGGAGAGGUGACGCUGCAGUCCAAAGACCCCAACGUGCCGCUCAAGAUGGACCCCAAGUUCCUCGCGACGCCGUUUGACCGGCGCGUGGCCAUUGAGGCGCUCCGCGAGGCCCUGCGGGUGGCCAAGCAGGACAGCUACGCCAAGAACAGCGUGGCUAUGAUCGCGGGGCCGAAGAGCGACUCGGACGAGGACCUGUUGGCGCACUGGAGACAGACCAUCUCGUCCAGCUGGCACAUGACGGGCACGAUCAAGAUGGGCAAGGGCGGGGACGCCGACGCUGCUGUGGACGCUGACUUCCGGUUCAUCGGCAUUGAUAACCUCCGGGUGGCGGACAUGAGUGUGGUUCCUGUCCUGCCCAGCGGCCACACCCAAGCUGUUGCCUACCUCACGGGCGUGACUUGUGCGGAGAAGAUUGUUGAAGAGUAUGGGCUCGCCUGGGCGGGCAAUGAGGUGACUACGAAGAAGAUGUAGUCGGUGUAGUACAGAACAGUGGCGUACAGUAUACGUUGAUGCAAAGAGGUGAG